CCCUACUCUAGCUAUCUAUCAGACCAGCACGUACUCUUGUGUGAUAUCCAAACCCUGACUUCAACACCAGACUCACUCUACGACAAAAUACAAUACUACAAAGAAAACAACACAUCAACCAUGUCACAUGAUCAACUCAAGAACCGCGUUCGUGCUGACUACCCCUUCCAGCUUGAAUACCGGACUCGAUGGUAGGUACAGGAGCUGUAGCUGUAGCUGUAGCUGUAGCUGCCAUCAGAUGAUCUCAAGCGAAAGACGAGCUAAACAGCCCCAGGAACGACAAUGACAUGUACCAGCACAUGAACAAUUCCGUCUACAACUUUCUCUUCGACUCGGUGGUCAACGCCUAUCUCAUCCAAGAGUGCGGUCUGAAGCCAGCCACCAGCUCUCAGUAUGGCCUUGUCGUUCACUCUCACGGCGACUUUUUCGGCAGCAUUGCUUUCCCUGCCGUGGCCGACCUUGCUCUCCGCGUCAAGAAGCUCGGAAAAAGUAGUGUGACUUAUGAGAUUGGACUGUUUGAACGAGGGGAGGAGAAGGUGAAAGCAGUAGGCGAGCUUGUCCAUGUCUUCGUGGACCGAGAAACGGGACGUCCAGCACUCAAUGGGAUGGAGGAGAGGCUCAAAACUGGUCUUACCAAGAUCUAUAUCCCCCUUUCCCCCAAUACCGUAUCCAAAAUAUGA